CUCCAAAAGAUGGGGAGAAAAAAUAGAAAGAGAAUAAGGAAGAUCCUAUUACUCUCUUUUCAGUUACAUGGAAAAAAAUGAAAAGGAGAGCCGACAUUUUUUGCCAAAAUCACUCAAAUAAUCGUUGAUAGUAAGUUAAGAUUGUGCGUGAUUUUAUCCAUCUUCCAAAUAUAGACUGAGAGAAAAGAGAGAAUUAUGCAAAAAAUAAAAAAAUUGUAUAUGAGAGUGUGUAAUGAGAAGAUACUUGAGUAACAUUUAACCACAAUACAAAAUGUGCCUCCAAAGUUUAACUCUUCUCAUCAUCUUCACUCUCUUUUACUCACAUGCGUUUGCUCUUAAGAAGUCCUAUAUAGUGUAUUUGGGAUCUCACGCCCAUCCUUUUACUCUCCUCUCUCAAGCUCAUCUAGAUCGUGUUGCUCAUUCACAUCGCACUUUUCUCGCCUCUUUCUUGGGAAGCCAUCAAAGUGCAGAAGACGCCAUCUUUUACUCAUACAAAAGACAUAUCAAUGGCUUCGCCGCUGUUCUUGACGACAAAAAAGCUUCAGAAAUCGCCAAGCAUCCAAAUGUAGCAUCUAUAUUCUUAAACAAAGGAAGGAAACUGCAUACCACUCAUUCAUGGGAUUUCAUGCUUCUUGAGAAACAUGGAGUCGUUCACAAGUCUUCUCUGUGGAAGAAAGCAAGGUUUGGAGAAGACACAAUCAUCGCUAAUCUUGACACAGGUGUGUGGCCUGAGUCAAAAAGCUUCAGCGAUGAAGGGUAUGGAGAUGUUCCAGCUAGGUGGAAAGGCAGUUGCCACGGUGAUGUUCCUUGCAACAGGAAGCUCAUUGGAGCAAAAUACUUCAACAAAGGCUACUUAGCGUACGCAAAAUUCCCCUCCAACUCUACCUUUGAAACCCCUCGUGACCUCGACGGUCACGGCACCCAUACUCUCUCCACAGCGGGAGGAAACUUUGUCCCCGGAGCCAAUGUAUUUGGACUUGGCAACGGUACGGCUAGUGGCGGUUCUCCUAAGGCGAGAGUCGCCUCUUACAAAGUGUGCUGGCCUCCUUUUAAAGGUGCCGAAUGCUUUGAUGCUGAUAUCUUGGCAGCGAUUGAUGCAGCUAUCGGUGACGGUGUGGAUGUUAUAUCGGCUUCAGUGGGCGGGGAUGCAGGAGAUUAUAUGAAUGAUGGCUUGUCCAUUGGUUCCUUCGUAGCAGUCAAGAACGGUGUGACGGUUGUGUGUUCUGCUGGUAACUCGGGGCCUAAACCUGGAACGGUCUCUAACGUUGCACCAUGGAUUAUAACCGUCGGAGCUAGCUCCAUGGAUCGGGAGUUUCAAGCAUUUGUAGAGCUCAGCAACGGCUCACGCUUCGAGGGAACAAGCCUCUCUACGCCUUUGCCUGAAAACAAGAUGUACGAUCUGAUCAGUGCCGCGGACGGUAAAGCAGCCAAUGCGUCAGCGUUACAAGCAUUGCUAUGCAAGAAAGAUAGCCUAGACCCGGAGAAAGUAAAAGGCAAGAUCGUCGUGUGUCUAAGAGGAGACAACGCACGUGUGGACAAGGGACAACAAGCAGCCACUGCUGGUGCCGUAGGAAUGAUACUAUGCAACGACAAGGCGAGUGGAAACGAGAUCAUCUCCGACGCUCAUGUCCUUCCCGCUUCUCAGAUUAAUUACAAAGACGGUGAAGCUGUGUUUUCAUACCUAAACUCCACAAAAGACCCCAAAGGCUACAUAACUGCACCCAACACUCAGCUACACACGAAGCCAGCUCCUUUCAUGGCCUCGUUCUCUUCCAGAGGCCCCAACACCAUUACCCCAGGAAUCCUCAAGCCUGACAUAACCGCACCGGGUGUCAACGUAGUAGCCGCCUAUACGGAAGCCACAGGCCCUACAGACAUAGAAUCCGACAACCGUAGAACUCCUUUCAACGUCGAAUCGGGAACGUCCAUGUCUUGUCCUCACAUCUCCGGCAUCGUCGGUCUCUUGAAGACUCUCCGCCCUCAAUGGAGCCCCGCCGCGAUCCGUUCCGCCAUCAUGACUACUUCAAGAACUAGAGAUAACACUCGAAAGCCAAUGGUUGAUGCAACGUUCCACAAAGCAACUCCUUUUGGGUAUGGGUCGGGCCAUGUUCAGCCCAAUAAAGCUUCCCACCCAGGUCUUGUCUACGAUCUCAACACUGGAGACUACUUAGACUUCCUCUGCGCCAUUGGUUACGAGAACAAGGUAGUUCAACUCUUUGCCGAUGAUCCGCUAUACACGUGCCGUCAAGGAGCUAAUCUUUUGGACUUCAACUACCCUUCGAUCACUGUCCCUAAACUCACGGACUCUGUUACAAUCACUCGUAAGCUCACGAACGUUGGACCUCCGUCCACGUACAGAUCCUAUUUCCAUGCGCCCCUUGGAGUUGAAGUCUCCGUAGAGCCCAAACAGCUCACGUUCAGCAAAGUUGGUGAGGAGAAGAUGUUUCAGAUGACUAUCGGGGCCACGUCAGAGAAGGCUUUAGGGUACGUCUUUGGAGAGCUGACGUGGACUGAUUCAAAAUACUACGUCAGGACUCCCAUUGUCGUCCAACUUUCAAGCUAGUCUCUAGCUACUUUAUUCAUCACUCUACUUUUUUUUUUUAUCUUUUGGCGUUUAUUUUUAUAUCGAACAUUCUAUUAGUUUUGGAUAAUAUUUAAAUUUUGAGCUAAGUUUGGCAGCUUAAUGUUUAAAAAAACAAUUCGACAUGCAUAAUCUAAUCUUUUCUAGGAUAAUAUUGUAGUUUCAGAUAGUUUUAUGCUAUAUUUUGCCAAGUGGGCUCAAGACCAACCAAUUAGGAUCUUCUUUUAUUGUUUUUAAAAACUUUCCAAUUUAAUUUUUUUUUAACUAUAGAAGCACUAGAUGCAAUGUAACAAUGUCUUUUGAAUUUUUCUUUGAGCAACCAAUGUCUUUUGAAUAUAAUUUUACAUUCAUUCCGAAAAUACAAUAUUUUGCCAAGUGCAAGUUUGCGUGUUAGUGACAAGGGUACUACUGUAGUACUACUACAUAAAGUGUGCCUGGUUUCUUGACGUGCUAAAACGGCAGCGAUCGUCGUCUCGUGGCAGCAAAGGCAGUGUUGAAACGGUAAGUCAAAGCUGAGAUUUUUCUGAUUGCUGAUUGUUUUUGAAGCAAAAAUGUGAAACCUUUUUGAAAAUUUGGUCUCAAGAAGAACAAAGUCGUGAUUUUUAGUGCAACUGGAAUUGAUAUGGAGACAUGAUCAGCACUAAUAUCAUAUGUCUUAUGUGCAAUGGAAGUGUAUAAUUGGGACCAAAUUUGUGUCACAUUUUUCUUUGUUAUUGCUUGGAAGACAUAUCUUGGAGAGUUAUCUUCGGAAAAAACACAAAGGAGUUAUGGACUUAUGGUUAUAAAUUUAUAAUCACGAAAGUAAUGAUGUAAUUGUUCUUGUCUACGUGAUAAAAAUCGCUCAGCUCAUAAAUGCUAUAGACUAUAUAGUAGUGGGAUAAUACUAAUAUUUAAUUUCUCAUAAUAUUUUGUGCAAACUUUUUAUUGUGACAAGUGUUAAUGUGACUGAACGAAAUGUAAUUAUUUAAUUUCUCCUAAUGUUUAUGUUGACAUAAUAUUUUGACAAGUGCUAAUUUGAGUGAGCGAGACAAAUGGAUUGUGCUUUAUCCGGGUCCCAGUGACAAAAGGAGUACGAGACGUACUACAUAAAGUGCGAGUGUGUAUUGGCUAAGCUUGACCCAUUACUAAAACUCACUCGGGUUACUGGAUUACAUUACACCCGGCAACCAAAAGAGAUGCAGACGAGUCUUCCACAGGACCUUGUCCCUCUCGUCAAGUUUCCGCCGCGCCACCGUCGCGAACCCCAGCUGUACAUCGUGGACCCCACUUCGAAAGGCAGUGUCGAUACCUGCUUUAACGAGCCAGGGAGUGGUAGAGAGAUUUCAUCUCUAGUAUCUGUUCAAAGACACUUGGUUGGAGAAGUAGACGACAGACGCUUGUCUCGAAGUCCAAAGUUUUAUGAGAAACGCAGAACCGAACAGGGUAAUCGCGUUGCUUCCAAGGAUUUCCGUUUGCCUAGAGGAUGGACCGUUAAAGAGGUUCCGAGGAGAAACUCCCCUCGUAGUAUUGAUAAGUAUUAUACAGAGCAAGAAACGGGAAAACGGUUCCGGUCCCUUGUUUCCGCUGAGAGGUACUUGAACUCUGUCGGGAACGGUACAGUUGCGUCGGUUUUGCACUCUGUUCCGCUUUUGGCGAUUUGUAAUGGUACUGGAUAUGCGCCGGUGAAGUACACGCAAUGACAGGUCUUUUAACCAAAAUAUGAUUUUACUCCAGUGAAGUCACUCGCCUACUGCAAGAUCUAUAUGUAUUUGUAUGGUCUCUAUCUAAUCUUGAAUGUACAGCAACAAGUCUGACUGUUUAACAGACUAAGAUUAUGCACAGUUUCUUUUUGUUCCUGUGCAAAAGAUUAUUUAGUUUUCUUUCAAUUUAUUGAUGAAAAACUA